AACUGUUGACUAAGCUGAGCUCUUCGCUCAAAGGGAGCCUUUUGUUCUGACCGCAGGAACGUUUAAUAGAACUGAUUAGAAUUUCCUCUGUAGAAAACUGGUUUUCGGCUGAAAUGAUGCCAGUGAUAUACUACAAGGAAAAAGAACUUCACGUUGAAAACACUCCGCUGCGUCAUGUGGCAGAGACAUUCGGAACUCCGGUUUACGUUUAUUCACGUGCGAAGGUCAUCGAGCGUUUGAAUUUCCUCCGUUGUGCAUUGAGCGGAUUGCCUGCCAGGAUCUGUUAUCCUGUCAAAUGCAAUUUCAAUUUAGCAAUUUUGGACCUCCUGAGGCGGGAGGGUAUAUCUUUCGACGUCGCUUCUGAAGGAGAAUUACGCCGGGUAGUGAAAAUUGGUGCCGAUACAUCACGCGUCGUUUUCACCGGAGUCGGGAAGUCUGAAAGUGAGAUUAGUUAUGCACUGGAUGUUGGAGUUGGUUGUUUCCAUGUGGAGAGUCAUCAAGAAUUAAAGAGGAUCGAAACACUGGCUAAAGCGAAGGGGGUUGUCGCACCGGUUGCUCUACGCGUGAAUGCUGACAUCGCGACACAGACUCACGACUAUAUCGCAACGGGUUCGUGUAACACCAAAUUUGGUGUUCCUUUAGAAGAAGCGGAAGACCUCUAUGUGAUGGGCAAUGCAUCAACGCACCUUUCCAUGGUUGGUAUUCAUUGCCACAUCGGUUCUCAGAUCAAGGAAAUAGAGCCUUACCAGAAAGCUAUUUCUUCAGUUCUAUCAUUCGUUGAAAAACUGAAAAAGAGAGGUAUUUUUUUGAAAUUUUUCGAUAUUGGAGGUGGUUUUGGAGUGCGAUAUCACGAAGACGACCCCGAGCUCAAAUGGGAUAAAUGGCUGAAGGAAUUAUCAAGCACUGUAACUUCAACGGGGCUAGAACUGGUACUAGAACCUGGCAGGAUAGUCAUGGCCGAAUCUGGAGUAUUACUAACGGAAGUGCAGUAUAUCAAACAAAUGCCACAUAAGCUUUUUGCGGUUGUAAAUGCCGCCAUGAAUGAUUUUAUUCGGCCUGCGCUUUAUGAUGGCUAUCAUCAAAUUAUUAACGUUAAAGACAGAACUGAUGUAGAACCCAGAGUUUUUGAUAUUGUUGGUCCGUUGUGCGAGGGAUCUGACUUCAUGGGAUUCAAUCGAAAACUACAACUUCUUCAAGGGGAUCUACUAGCUGUGAUGGCAGUUGGGGCGUAUGGCAGCGCCAUAACAUCGAACUUUUCUAGUCGACCAAGAGCCCCCGAAGUUCUAAUUGACGGAGAUAAAAUUUUUCUAAUUAAAGAAAGGGAAAGCUAUGAGCGUUUAAUGAGCCUGGAUCAUAUUUUGCCUGAAUGAUCAGACUCAAUUGGUACCCGGAUAUAGUAAUCUUAAUUACAAUCGUGAUUAAGAUAAAUACAGAUUUAUUAUCAUUUUUUUAAUCAUUUGUUAUAGUAUUCCACAUCACGAAUAUUCUAUCUUAUGAAACAGUUUUGGUAAUAACUUACACAAUGAAUAUUAAACUUUGAUUUUUCUUAGUUGGUUCAAACUAUUUUUUACACUUACCUUUAAAAUGUGUUUAUUGUGUAUUUCUUGGUAUAAUUUGGUUUGGUUUAUUUGUUUAUGGCAAAGCACUCGAGGGCUACCUGCCUUAGGGUAGAGAUGCCUUCGUGGAGGACUUUCUAUCAGGGACUGAACUACCAAUAUUCAGCGACUUUACCGCUCGGCCGCUAGUGGACUCUAUGUAUAUUUUAGUACUGAAAUUAUUUUCCCCAUGAAAGUUAGAAUAACCCAUGUUUGUUUCUCGGUUAAAAUAUCUAAAUGGAUUGUAAUUACCCCAACUGAUGAAUUUGGUUGAAUAUUAUAAUAAAAUAUGUUUUUAACACACACAUUACAGAUUGCUUAUUUUGAUGUAAUCAUUUUAAUGAAGAAUAUCAAUUGAAAAUUUUAUUAAUCCUUUAUUCAAUUUCAUAUUUUUAAUUAAUUUAGGGAAAGCAAAAGAAAAUUUAACGCAAAACCAGUCAGAACUCAAAUUCGUAUGUUCUGGGCUUAGCAUUUCAUUAAAAAUUAAUAUUUUCCUUUUCUGUAAUAAUAAAGUGAUUCACAAUAAAGUAAACGAUAGCAUAGUUUUGACUAACUCGUAAUAAGGAAAAGAUUUACAUGUAUUCACAAAUCCUAUAAUUUAAUACUGGAAAUAAUGUUUAUUUAGGAAACAAUGUUUCAUAACAACCUAAUUUUUAAUAGCGACUAAAUGCAAUAAA